UGUUACCACUUUAAAUUUGCCCACCUCCACACUGCAGCUAGCAUCACCUCCACCCAACCAACUCCAAAUACAAAAAUUGUGAUCUGCGAAGUCGAGCAGAGCAGAUGCAGAGGAACAUGGCCAUGCUAGCAGUGUGCUGGAGCACCAUCGUUUUUGCCACUUACCUUGGACUGGCAGGUGUCUCAGGUGAGAAAAUCAUCGAUGGAGUGGUAGCCAAGCCACACAGUCGACCUUACAUGGCCUAUUUGAGAAUAAAAAGAGGAAAAGAUUUUUCCAGUUGUGGAGGUUUCAUCAUUCAUCCAAGCUUCAUCCUGACAGCUGCCCAUUGCAGUGGAGAGAAUAUCACUGUACUUCUUGGGGCUCAUAAUAUCCAAAAAAGGGAGCCAUCCUGGCAAAAGAUUCCAGCGCAGAAAAUAAUCAUUCAUGAGAAAUAUAAUAGGAUGAAACAUGAAAAUGACAUCAUGCUUCUGAAGCUGCAGCACCAGGCCAUGUGGACGAGUGAGGUACAACCAAUCAGAAUUCCUGUGAAAGGUGUGGAUGUCUGCCCCAACACCAGGUGCUCCGUGGCAGGGUGGGGCCGCACAAAAACCAAUGGGACGGGUAGCCAUGUGCUGAGAGAAGUAGAAGUCAAGGUUCAAGAUGUCUACGACUGUGAGGCUGCAAGAAAUUUGAACUUAACAGCCGUUGCAAUCUGUGCACGAGGCACUGGUAUUAAAGGGUCUUGUAAUGGUGACUCUGGAGGUCCUUUAGUUUGUCCCAUCAAUGGGGCAAGACCAGAGGCUGUGGGGAUUGUCUCUUUUCGCUUGUCUAACUAUAAACAGUGUGAAGACCCUGAACGCAAUAAUGUCUACGUGAAAGUGUCUGCAUACUGGAGCUGGAUUAUAAAGAAUAUCAGGGCCAACUCUCUGCCUUGAGGAAGCCACUUUGUUGCAUUAAGCCUGCUGAGUCCCACAGCUGAAGACUUGUCCUAACGUGUCACUCACAUCAAAAAUGAGCCAGUCUGCAGAACAAAAAGGAGGGCACAGAAUGACAAUGUCAGGAUCUCGUACUGAGGUCUGCCUGCUUGCAAAUGUAACCACUUGCGUAUAUGAAUAAAGCUUUUG